AUGGAAGAGACCAACAAAUCUGAGGCCCACUUGACAUCAGCAGCAGCUUUUGUGGAGGGUGGAAUCCAGGAAGCCUGUGAUGAUGCUUGCAGUAUAUGCCUUGAGGCCUUCUGUGACAGUGAUCCUUCUACGCUGACCGGUUGCAAGCAUGAAUUUCAUCUUCAAUGCAUUCUUGAGUGGUGUCAGAGAAGCUCCCAAUGCCCUAUGUGCUGGCAACCCAUCAGCUUGAAGGAUCCCACCAGCCAGGAACUUCUAGAGGGAGUAGAACGGGAGAGAAGUAUUAGGUCUAAUCCACCUCGAAAUACCACAAUAUUUCAUCAUCCAACUCUUGGAGAUUUUGAAUUGCAACAUUUACCUGUGGGUGUAAAUGAUGCUGAACUUGAAGAACGUAUAAUCCAGCACUUAGCUGCGGCUGCUGCAAUGGGUCGGGCACGCCACGUUGCCAGAAGGGAGGGCCAAAGGAAUAGGUCAUCAACUCAAGGGCGCCCACAGUUCCUGGUCUUCUCCACCCAUCCUAAUGCACCUUCUGCUGCUUCUUCCUCCCCUGAUCAGAUGGGAGAAGGUGAACCAGCUCCUUCAAUUUCAGUAACUUUUCCUUCGCCUCCUCUGAAUACGGGAGAAGAAUCUUCUCAAGUGACCACUCCAGUACCUUCUUCACAAUCUGGUCCUGUUUCUGCCUCAGCGUCUGGAACUAAUGUUCCGGCUCCCAAUCAACAUGGAUCUUCCAUUAGCAAUAGGGGGUCCCCUAGUCAGUCAUCCCCGAGUACCCAAGAUAGAGCUGGACCAUCAGACUUGCAAUCAUUUUCAGAUUCUCUGAAGAAUCGAUUUAAUGCAGUGUCAACGAGAUACAAAGAGUCAAUUUCAAAGAGCACAAGAGGUUGGAAAGAGAGAUUGUUCUCUCGUAACGCUGCCAUGGCAGAUCUUGGUUCUGAAGUUAAAAGAGAAGUUAAUGCCGGCUUUGCAACUGUAUCACGCAUGAUGGAGCGUCUGGAAACGAGAGACGAAAGUAGAAUUAAUGAUCCUUGUGUGUCAAAUAGUUUAGAUAGUUCGGUUCCUCAAUCAGACAAUCAGCAGAUAUCAGAAAAUGGUGAUGAAAAUUCUUUAAACAACCACAAUAAACCAGCUGUGUGCGCUGCAGGUUCUAGCUCAAAUUAG